UUGUGGACUCGUGGUGCUGGCUGCCGCUGUUGAGGCGGCCGGGAACGGGCGGUGGGGAGCGGGCGGAGCUGGCCCUGCCUCUGCCUGGCCGGCGCCGCAGUCGGCGCGGGCCGCGCCCGCCGCCGUAAACUGCCCUGAGCGCCUGCUCAGGCCGAGGGAGAAGUCGGGGCCUGCACCUGGAGGGAGCCUGCCGCGCUGGCCCCGAGGAGGGGGCGUUGCCAUGGCGACAGCCUCUCCCGCUGCUGACGGGGGGCGGGGGCGGCCCUGGGAAGGAGGGCUGGUCUCCUGGCCCCCUGCUCCUCCCCUUACAAUUCCCUGGACUUGGAUGGGCCCGAGUUGGGGGCAACACCCCGGGGUGGGUGAUGCGGCGAGGCCCCCCCAGAUUGGGCCCUGGUAAUGCAUGCGGGGUGAGGGUCGCGGCGCGCAGUUUGUGCAGCCUGGGGUGCUGGCCCAUGUGCUCACCCUGGAUGCAUGGUCUACUGAGAAACGUUUAGGCGGAGAAGGAGAGGGGCAGGGCUUUGAAAGACAGGCUGGGUGAGGUGAUUAAGCAUGCUGACUUCCUACCUGGGAUUGCUUAGGAGGAGGAAGAGAGCUUUGACCAAAGAGGAUAGAAAGCUAGCAAGGAGAUGGUAGAGAGAACAUUCCCUUUACCCUCUCCCCAACACACACACACACAGACACACAAGCUUAGCAGUUUACUUCUUUUUGUAAAUCUGUUGCGGUGGUCGUAGUUACGGUGGAAGGAUUGAAUAAGGGGCCUAACUUGGCUAGCUUUCUGUUUGCUUUUCCUGCAAAUGCUCCAGCAACAGGUGUUUUCUUAAAACAAAAAGGCAUGAACUUGGAUUGGGGCUUGAUUGCGAGUUCUUGCAAAAUAUAACUGCUCCUUGUUGACUUGGAAGAUGCUGAACGUGGCUUCUCAUUGGGGGUUUGGAUUCUGUCCUUAGGGCUGGAUUUUGUAAACUGAUGGUACCCAUCAUUCCCUCUGCUGUAGGUCUCUGGCCACUUCUCUGGUAUUAGUUCUUGUCAGACAUUUUAUCAGUCUCCCAGGCGAAGGGCAAAAAACCAGGAAUCCCAUUGGCUAAAGACCGUACACUAUUUGAACGAUAGUAGGUUGUGAUUGGCUGAAUGAUUUUUGAUUGUAGAGUUUCUACCAGAAAUUGGCUUCAUCAAAUUCUGCUUUAUUCUGACUUUAUCAUACACAGCAUGCCUUGUUUUGGUGGGUUCAUGCCUGGAGCUUAAGUAUAUUAUACCUGAAUCCCCUAGCAUUUGAAAGCCAAUUUAUAAACAGGGACUUGGAGUGUGACUUCACUAAUGUGUGUGUCUGUGAUCUUGGUUAGAAACCCACUUGGCUGCCUUUCGUGGGGGGAGUUGGGGGAGGUAGCUGCCGGGAAGUGAUUGAUAAGGUUUCCUUUAUGGAUUCUGUGGUGCUUCACUGGAGCUCAGAGCACUUUGGCAACUUAAGCACUCCAAAUUAAAAGCUCAUUAACAAUUCCUGCCCAAAGAUCCUGUAAAUAAUCGGCUAGCUAGGUCAUAGAGCUUGGCUGAGAGCUCUCCUGGCAACUUGAAAUUUCCAAAUAAAAGUGCUUUUAUUCCCUUUCAUUUUGAAAAGUGUUUUCUUUGCGGUGGGGUAGGUUGGCGAGUGGCAUUUUUCCAGGGGAUCUGAGUAGAAUAAAGUGUUAAAUGUGUAGAGUGGUAGAAGGAAUAGAUUGGUUCCAAACCUAGGUGUUUCUUUGUGCAAGGGCGUUGCUAGCUUACAAGGGCACUUCUGCAACUUCUAAUCCUUUUGAAGAUCUGAUGAGUAAAAGGUGCAAGAUUUAAGUGAUCUGAAGAGAAACCGGAGUAUGGAAAAUCUGAAUUAAGUGAUAAAUAUGAUAGGUGUCCAUUGAUGAUUUGAUUUGGGGUUUGAUUACCUUGACUUUUUUAGAACUUGAGGCAGACCUAGAUAUAUCCUGCAAGUGUUUCCUGGUCUGUGUGGCCAUUUGCAGUAUGGCCUGUGGCUUUGUGGCAACCAGUGUUUCCCCCAAUCCCUGCUUCAGUGCCUGAGUUCUGAAUAUUGUCAGCCUUUACUAGUAUCCCCUCCUUGGCUAGACUAGGAUUCGGGAUUAUCCAGAGAGCCACGACUUCAUGGCCAUCUCUCUCAGUCCAAGCUCAGAUAUUGUAAAUAUUUAGUAUUUCUAGGAGAUAAACCUCCUUAGGAAGAAAAGUAUGCCACUAGAGAAGAUGAAAUUCAUCAUUGCAAAAAUAUGUUGACCAUUGAAAAAACGCAGAGGUUAGGGUAACCGACUCCCCACACAGUUGAAAAUCUGCUUAUAACUUUUGACUCCCCCAAAACGUAACUACUAAUAGCAUUGACCAGAAGCCUUACUGAUGACAUAAGCAGUUGAUUAACACAUAUUUUGUAUGUUAUGUGUAUAUCUACUUAUAUUUAAUGCAUUCAUGACAUCCUAACUUUUUCUUAAUUCUUUUGGUAUUUCUAGGCUAUGUGGUUUAUCUGCGGGCUUUUUCAAAUUGUCACAAAUCUCCAAAAAAAAUCUCCCAAUAUAUUUAUUUAUUGAGAAACAUCUGCACAUAAGAAGUGGACCUGCGCAGUUCAAAUCUUUGCUGUUCAAAGGUCACCUGUAGUACUAGUAGCUUCUGAAAGCCCUGUCCUGGCACUGUGCUUUCACAUAGAUAACUGUUAUCCCAAAGUAGUUUGAGUUUAGGAGUUUGAAGUAUAGUGUGAUCUUUAAGUUGUUUCAAACAGUAUUGAAAUAGAGUUGUUGCAGAGAUCUGUAUUUAUCCACAGCAUUGGGGCUUUCCAGCUCUCACAGAACCUUCAGCAUCCCCAGCGGCCAGUCUUGGCAUCUUCGAAGUAAGGAGAGGCUCCCCUGGCCUGUAUGUGGAUAUUAAAGGAUGGCCCCCUCCCUUCGCCCUUCCUUCCCCCCUCCAGUAAUGGAAGGCUAUAAAAUGUCUAUUUACCCAAGACGCCAGAAUGACUCCUCUGUGGUUCCACUAAUCUGGUGAUUUGGUGCUUCCCUGGUCUCUCAGUUUUAGAUGCUUCUGGAUGUUCAAUGCUAGCACCUUUACAGACUGGAGCAGCUCGAUUUUCUUCAUAUUUACUUUCAAGAGCAAGAAAAGUGCUGGGCUCCCACUUAUUUUCUCCCUGUGGUGUUCCGGAGUUCUGCUCCAUAUCCACCAGAAAGCUGGCGGCCCACAGCUUUGGCGCAUCCAUGGCGGCAAUGAUGUCCUUCCCUCCCCAGAGGUAUCACUACUUUUUAGUGCUGGACUUUGAGGCCACGUGUGACAAGCCGCAGAUUCAUCCUCAGGAAAUCAUCGAGUUCCCCAUCCUGAAGCUAAAUGGCCGGACCAUGGAGAUUGAGUCUACCUUUCACAUGUAUGUCCAGCCCGUAGUCCAUCCACAGCUUACUCCUUUCUGUACAGAGCUCACCGGGAUUAUUCAAGCCAUGGUGGAUGGUCAGCCAAGCCUGCAGCAAGUGCUGGAGCUCCUCCAGGAGGUGCGGCCAGCCCGCCUGCCCCACUGCAGCUUGCCGCUGGAUGCAUCGUGCCUGUCAGGGGUGCAGAGGCUGCGCUGGAGGGUCGAUGAGUGGAUGGCGAAGGAAGGCCUCUUAGAUCCAAACGUCAAGUCAAUUUUUGUCACCUGUGGAGACUGGGACUUAAAAGUCAUGCUCCCGGGCCAGUGCCAGUACUUGGGCUUGCCAGUGGCAGAUUACUUCAAGCAGUGGAUUAAUCUGAAAAAGGCUUACAGCUUCGCCAUGGGCUGCUGGCCCAAGAAUGGACUUCUAGACAUGAACAAGGGCCUCAGCCUGCAACACAUAGGCCGGCCCCACAGCGGCAUUGAUGACUGCAAGAACAUCGCCAACAUCAUGAAGACACUCGCAUACCGAGGCUUCAUCUUCAAGCAGACAUCAAAGCCGUUCUGACUGGCCGAGGAUGGGAUGGGGCAGGACAGGGUAGCUGCUUGGCCCAGCCCAAAACCCUCCUCUCCCUCACCAGAGGGGCAAAGGGAGAGUGGCACAGCUCUACGUCCAGAGUGUCCCCCAGCCCGCCCUGUGGGCUUGUGUCCUGGGUAAGGCUUGGCCACUUGGCCCCUCUGGAACAGACACUUUGUGCCCCCUACCCCCUCCCCUCAACCUCAGCCCAGCAUCAGGCCCUCCCAUUGUGGGCCUGGGCUGGGGGACCUCCUCCUCACUGUCUCCUCCCAGUACAGGCUUCUUGCUGGGGCCACCGAGCCCCCCUGUGCCCCCUCCCAUCUGUAGUGCAUGGUGUGUGGUGCCCCCAGGGCUCCAGGACAGAUCAGGCCCCACCUUGUGUCUACCCCCAUCCCCGCUGUGAACGUGCCACUGAAUAAAGUCGGGGAAACGAG